AUGGAUUCCUCCAAGAGCAACAACAACGCGCCCGUCUCUCCUACCACCGGCCGCAGACGUAGCUCUGGUUCCGGCACACUCUUCCAAGGCCUCGUUGAGCAGAAGCGUCACGAUGGUACCGCGGCACGUAGGCAGUCAAUGACCGAUUCUAAGCCUCCACCUGGAUUCAUUGGUCAGAUGUGGCAGAACUGGACCCGCGGACCUAGCCCUCCGAAAUAG